AUGGAAGCUGUUUUCUUUUUUCUCUUUAUUCAACUCACUGGAUUUAUAUUAUUCGUUCAAAGUCUGGAAUUAAAUCAAUGCCGACAAUUCACUAGUUGUGAGCAAUGCGCAGGAGUCGUUGAUAGUGAAGUGAGCUGUAGAUGGUGCUUGGAAACAUCUAAAUGUAUUCCAUCCAAGUAUUUGUGUCAUCCAUGGAAAACAGUUCUUCAUGGCAUAAACUGUCCCAUUUCAAAGAUUCCAACAACCUAUAGCGAUAGAUUUUUGAGAACGGAAGUAGCCGCAUAUAUUCAAGCAGCCAAUAGAGUCAGUGAGUAUUCUCCAGUUGGAGCACCAAUGUCUUGUCUGAUGAAGUUACCGUCAGCUGUGGCGGUUCUAUACGAAUUGGAUGUUCCCACGAGUUUAGAAGGGAGAACUGUUGGAGUUCUGAUCGGAGUGAAUCAUGAUCUUCAACAUAUAUUCAUUGGAUUCAGAUCCACAAACGAUCCAGUUCAAUUCGUUUCUCAAUUCUAUGUUUUCAUGAUGGGAUGGUUCGAAGAUUUCCCUUUGGGAGGAAGAAUGGUUGCUAUUUAUUCAAGAAUGUAUAGAGAUAUUCUGCAGUUCGGAUUUGAUGAAUGUUUGGGAAAAGCCGUCGAAAAACAUCCCACCUAUUCGUUAUUAGUCACUGGACACUCGUUGGGCGGAGCCAUGGCUACAAUAUUUUCACUUCAUGUGGCAAUGAAAUAUCCUCAAAAACAAACGAGAUUAUACUCGUUGUCUUCUCCAAGAUCUGGAGAUGAAACAUUUGUGAAACUUUUGAAUCAAUAUAUUUUCGAACAAUUCCGAGUGGUUCGAGAUGGAGAUUUUGUUCCAGAUUCGCCAUUCAGAGUAUCUCAAACAAUUGAAACAGCUCAUCAUAAUAGUUUUGAAAUAUUCUAUGGAAGUCACAUGGCUGUUGAUAAUUAUGUUAUUUGUGAUCAACCGGAAACUGAGUAUUGUCUGAAAGGAUCCUGGUGGAAGAAACCUGUCGCCCACAUGUAUUUAUUCGAUCAAAACUUUUAUAAUUAUCAUUUGGGAUAUUGUGAAUAA